AUGUCAACCUCCAGCCUGCGCAACGAUGCUCGACCGAUCAAACUUGGCCCUCAGGUGCAGCACCACCAAACGCAGGGUGGGCGACCAUUCAGUACUACCGCACAGGUGCCCGAGGAAGCACCUAACCAACAGCAACAGGCCCUACCACUGGGCGACUUCUACACCGAGCUCCUGUCAACGCCAAUCCAAAAGCAUCCGCGUACAUACUCAGACUUGCCCUCCUUUGUGCAACCAGGCGAUGAGGAAAAGUUGGAAAGAGCAAGGAAAGUAUUUGGAUCAGUACGAGGGUCGGGAUAUGAACGGCGGACUUCAGACACGCCGGACCCGACGUGGCGCACAAUAAACGGCAUCGCUGUCCCUCCCAAACCGGCCGAGCCGGAUAAUUGCUGCAUGAGUGGCUGCAUGCAUUGCGUUUGGGACGAUUAUCGAGACGAUGUGGAAGCUUGGGCCGCUAGAGUUCACGAAGCGCAAUCAAAAUCACCAAAGCGUCGACGAGGAGCUCCAAAGAUCGAGAUGGCAAGACCCGAAGUAAGCGAGGCUUCAGCAAGCAUAGACGAUGAUGGCGGUGGAAGUGAAAGUCUUUGGACAAAACCCUCGGCAGUGGCUGAUGAGGAGGACAUUCUAUUCCAGGGGAUUCCUGUCGGCAUUCGGGAGUUUAUGGCCACGGAGAAAAGGAUCAGAGACCGAAAGCGUGCUCGGAAGGAGAAGGCUCAGUUGAAGGACGAUGACUUCAUGUGA